AUGUACCUCCCCGACCCUCUCGACCUGAUCGAUCCCUCGCGCGACUGCUGGUGGCGCCCAAUUCCCGGCAUCGACGCUGCCGCCUGGGUGGACUGGGUCGCCUCCGCCGGCGUCGAUUGCAGCGGGCCGAUGCCUCGCGCUGGCCUUCCCGGCUCUGUCGGAGACGGCUCGGCGGCCGUCAGCAACGACGAAGGGACCGGCGAUGGACGCACGGGCUCGCUCUGGAUGUACGUCUCCCUUGCCGCUGUCGCACUCGCAGUGCUCAGCUGCGUCGCCCGGCGACUCCUGGUGUGCAAGGGUGCGUCGGCAGUGAGCCGAGACUUUGUGGUGUUGGAGGAGGCGGGCACCCGGGCCGGUGGCAUGCCGACGACCGACAUGCCGGCGCCCUCGCUUUACAACCGCCUGAUACCGUCGAGCAGCCGCACCGCCGAGCGGAACAGCGAAGGUGACAUCGAGGCGCCCGCAACUACGCAAGCGGCUGCCAAGGCCGCGGCGCCCGCGCAGCUUCAGAAGGAGUCCAACAGCCGGGCUGGUAUCAUGAGCAUCGAGGAUCGCAUCAACGCCCUCGAGACCACGACGGGCGUUGACUUGGAUGGCGACGGUGAUAUCGGCCUGCCGGGCCGCACCAAUGCGCCGCUGCCGCCGCACACGCCCCGGGACCGCGAAUCGACGAGGCGCUCGUCGCGCCACUCGCGCUCAGAGCGCCGCUCGUCGAGAUCGUGGACAAAGAUGGGCUCGUCAAAGCCGAGCAUCGAGCGCGUCUGA